GUCAUGCCAUCAUGCAGCAGUUAGGACACAUGGAAGGUGGUUGAUUCUACGAUAUAUCGGAUUCCGAAGCUAGAUCUUCCAUACCUCGUGCUGUUUAUCCCGAACUUCGGAGGGGUGGGAGUCAUGGCACUCGAUAGAGUUGGAAUGUUGCGCGCCCUCUUGAGGCAUUUGUGCCGCGUGCGUGAUCUGGUACCUCCGCAAAAAUCGCUCAUCGUCGCCUUUCGCGUGUCGUCUACUUGAUUCCAGUCUGAUUUUUAUUUGCUUUUUAAUAAUCAAUUGCCCGCUGACAAUUCCAUUCAUACUUUCCGUGACUCUUUUCCCCUAUAUGAUGCAAUUGGUCGUGUCGCGGUUGCUUUUUUCUUGACUGGAAAUCCAUUAAUAUACCUACCUGCCCGCUACAGUCAUCGAAAUACUCGAAAAUAAAACCUACUCUUGACCCUCUCAACAAAUACCUUUGGGAAAUAUCAUUACCUCCUGGCACCUAUCAUUAACACUCUCAUUGAAAAGAAAGUUCGCGACCAUUGUUAGCUUGUCUUUCAUUAUUGAUACACGCGACUGUGCGAUCGACAGCCCAAACUCCCGUGGAUCAUGUCCCCCGAACGAGAAGUUCCUCACAACCCUCCGCAUACCCCAAAAUUCCAACAGGAUUCCCUCUCUAGUACAACCAUGAGGAGAAGUCUUUUUUGGUCCAAGAUAUCGAUGUGUCGAUAUUGACACACGAAGUUCGUGUAUCUCAUGGGAUCUCCGUGCAAGCAGCAGACUUGGUCACUGCUCUAAUCCAAGCUGCCUUCGAAGUUCAUCAUGUCACCACCUAUGAUGAACGGGGAGUCAUCGUUGCCGAGCUUGAUACCACGUCGUGGAAUCAUCGUGGUUCGGCCCUUUUCUCGCCUCGUGCCUCUUAUUCUAGCCUCUCGUCCAACAUCAAAGAACGGCUACAUAAUAGCCGAGAGAAAACUCAUAUUGCCAACUGUAACGCUUGCAAGAAAGAAGAAGCUCUUGAAUUCUCUCGGAACUCGACCCAGACUGAAAUUGGCACUCUCAAUGAAAAGUCUUCACGGAUUUCUGCCUGGAAAGAAACUGACGGCGAACACGCUCGACGCACUGGGGAAUUAGAACGAACACCUACAAGUGAAAUAUCUCACACGCCGCCAUCGGCUGCGACCUCGGAAACCCAAGUGGAACGACCGACGGAAUUCUCCAUUUCGAUUCCCCACGACAUCAAUGAAACGUCUCAAUCACCGCCAGCUGAGACGAUCGAAGAUUUCGCCGCGCGGAUCAGCAUUAGUGGCAUGAGUUGUGCAUCGUGUGUCAAUAGUAUUACUAGUGCCAUUCAAGAGCUUGAUUGUGUUAAAGAGAUCACCGUCAACCUGCUCACAAACAGCGCGGCUCUCGUAUACAAAGGACCCCAAGGAAAUAUUGACACUAUCGUUGGCGAAAUCGAGGACAUUGGGUUUGAAGCCUUCGUUGAUGAAGUCAACCCGAUUCUCAGGUCCCCAAAGCCCCAAGCGGCCCCAAUAACAUAUGUGACCGAGAUUGCCAUCACGGGCAUGACUUGUGGCUCCUGCGUAGGCACGGUCACUCGAGGCUUAGAAGAGCUACCCUUCAUCUGCAAUGUCUCUGUCAACCUGCUGUCUCAUAGUGGAAAGAUUGAGUUUGAAGGACGUGAGAACUUGGAUCAAAUCGUGGAGAAGAUUCAGGAUAUGGGAUAUGAUGCUGCGGUUAGCAGUGUUCAUGCCGUGGCUGCAGACAGCGAUAUUUCCGAACCCGUUCAAAAGAGAACGAUAUCGAUCCGUGUCGAUGGCAUGUUCUGUCAUCAUUGUCCGGAGAAAGUCCUGGCGGCAUUGGAGUCGCUUCCCACUGUCGUCGUGGAAGAGGACCCUACCGAGAAACAGCCCAUUAUCAGGGUCACGUACACUCCUGCGCCGCCAACAUUGACUGUCCGUUCAAUCCUCACGGCCAUCAACGAGGCAAAUGGUGUGUUCAAUGCAAGCAUUUACCAUCCACCUACCAUUGAAGAUCGCUCCCGAGCGAUGCAGCUCCAUGAACGACGGAGGCUACUCGUCCGCCUACUAUUUGUCUUCGCCGUCGCAAUCCCGACCUUCCUCAUUGGGAUCGUGUUCAUGUCGCUCGUCCCAUCUCAAAACCCGACCCGGAUGUACCUGGAACAGACGAUUUGGUCUGGCAGUGUUACUCGCAUCGAAUGGGCAUUGUUUAUCAUGUCAACGCCGGUCAUGUUCUACGGAACCGAUGUUUUCCACACACGCGCGCUCAAGGAGAUUUACGCUUUAUGGCGGCCAGGAAGCCGAGUUCCCAUAACGCGGAGAUUCUAUCGCUUUGGCAGCAUGAAUCUCUUGAUCUCGGCAGGCACAGCUGUAGCCUACUUCUCCUCACUGGCAGUACUGAUUGUUGAUGCGGUUGCCGGAAGCAAAACUAGCGCUCAUAGUACAACUUACUUUGACUCCGUGGUCUUUCUCACGCUGUUUAUCCUCGCUGGUCGGUUCUUGGAGGCAUACAGCAAGGCCCGAACCGGUGAUGCCGUUUCUUCCCUAGGCAAUCUCCGACCUUCGGAAGCCUUGUUAGUCGAGACUCAGUCCACGGACACCGAUGCUUCUGGAAUCUGUGGGUCAGACCAAAUGGCUCGUGUUGGCGUUGAUCUCCUGGAGAUUGGUGAUAUGGUUCGCAUUCCUCACGGGGCAUCUCCGCCUGCUGAUGGCCUGGUGGUUGGCGAAGGUUCCUACCAAUUUGAUGAGAGUUCUCUCACAGGCGAGUCCCGACCUGUCAAGAAGAUCGCCGGCGAUCAAGUCUUCACUGGCUCAGUCAAUGUGGGCCAGCCUGUGCAGAUUCGCAUCACUGAGCUUGGUGGUUCAUCAAUGCUUGACCGAAUCAUCGCUGUGGUUCGCGAGGGUCAAAGCAAGCGUGCUCCCUUGGAAAGGGUUGCCGAUCUGCUCACCUCCCAUUUUGUCCCUGUCAUUACCUUGAUUGCUAUCCUGACUUUUGUCAUCUGGCUUGCCCUUGGCCAUUCGAAUGUCCUUCCAGCGGACUACCUCGACAUUGCUCGCGGCGGAUGGACUUUCUGGAGCCUGGAAUUCGCCAUCGCCGUCUUUGUCGUUGCUUGCCCAUGUGGAUUGGCAUUGGCUGCACCAACUGCACUUUUCGUUGGUGGUGGUCUUGCCGCAAAGCAUGGUAUCCUCGUGAAGGGUGGUGGUGAAGCCUUUCAAGAAGCCAGUCGCCUCGAUGCCAUCGUGUUCGACAAGACCGGCACUCUGACCGAGGGAGGAAGUCUCAAAGUCACAGAGCACGAGAUUCUGACCAAGGAUGAGGACCUUCUAAGAGUCGCUUGGACGCUUGCGAGAAAACUGGAAGAGAGUAGCAAUCACCCAAUUGCCCAGGCAAUCUCUACUUUCUGUCAAUCGCAGCUCAUGGUUAAUGUUGUGUCCUCCGAUAUUCAAGAAAUUUUAGGGCAGGGAAUGAAGGGUACCUUCACAGUCACAGCAGAAAACUCUGGCAGCCUCGAACAGUAUGAAGCUGCAAUUGGAAAUGAGCGCCUUCUUCACAGUGUUGUUCCCGCCGACAGCGACACAUACUUCGUCUCCAGUCUGCUCUCAAAAUUUCAAUCGGGUGGCAAAUCCACAGCCAUCCUUUCCUUGCGCUGCAAAUCUUCUGAACCGUCACCAUUUCUUCCCGCGAUCGUUUUCGCGACAUCGGACACGAUUAGACCCGAGGCAGCCGAUGUGAUCUCCCAACUCAACAAGCGACGUGUUGAAGUCUUCAUGUGUACGGGUGACAACCAGACGACUGCCCACGCAGUCGCUGAAAUGCUGGGUAUCCCUCGUUCCAACGUCAUGGCCAACGUGUUGCCCGCAGAAAAGGCCAGCUUUGUGCGACAAGUCCAAGACGGCUCUGUCCACGCAACAGCACACAGCACCGGAACGCCGGAGUCUCAAGACAAGACGGCAAGUCGUUCCAUUGUUGCCUUCGUUGGAGAUGGAGUCAAUGAUUCACCUGCGCUUGCCGCUGCAGAUGUUAGUAUUGCAAUGGCAUCAGGCUCGGACGUCGCCAUCAACUCUGCCAGCUUCAUCUUGCUCAAUUCGGACCUGAGCACGAUCUUACAGCUUGUCAUUCUCAGUCGUCGCGUGUUCAAUCGUGUCCGGAUGAACUUUGGAUGGGCCGUGGUUUACAAUCUGUGUCUUGUUCCCGUUGCUGCUGGUGUCUUCUACCCGAUUGUGAGUGGUCAUCAUCAGAAGGUCAUCGGUGGUGAGAUGAUCACCGUGAAUGAACACUGGAGAUUGAGUCCUGUAUGGGCUGCACUGGCCAUGGCACUAAGCAGUAUUUCGGUUAUUUCGAGCAGCCUGGCUUUGAGGAUCAGUAUGGAGAGUGUGAGGAGGUUGUUGACUUGGAAGAGAUCAGACCGUGUUUCAUAAUUAGAAUGCUCCUGUACAGUUCGUCACUCAAGCGUUCCUUUACUGAUUCCCAUCAAAUUAAGUUUCAUUCGUUUCAUCCUUUAAUUUAGAACCAUAUCUAUGUAGCUUUGCUCUUUAAAAGCCAUUGAUCAUCCAGAUGCUCCCCACACCUCGGCAACCUUCUUGCUUAAUACUUUGCCGAAGGUUUUCCGUCCCACGACAGACUGUAAUUUAUCCGACAUCAAUGUUUCCCGCUCGCUAGGCUCUAGUGCCAUGUAUGCUUCCACAAGGUGCCGCGGCGUCGGCCAUAGUCGCUGGAUCGCCAUUGCUUUCUCACCGGUCACAUGACGCAUACACAUGAGCAUCUUCAAAAAGACGUCCCGAAGGGUUAAGGUGUUGGACUUGGAAGCAAGAGCUGAGAAUGUGGAGAAUGUGACACCGAACGUGACGGACGAGUCCCUCGCUCGGAGGUCAUCCAAUAGACUGAGGUAAGACUGUAUUGAGGAGAUGCGCCGGCUUGGAACAACAGCAACCGAGUUCGGACUCGAUGUGGAAUCGCUUUGGCUGAGACGAGGCUCGUGGCAGGGCGAAUCCUGCGCGCCGUACAUUUUGCGAAGCAGUCGAGUCAUACGGGCGAGAUAUCGGAUCGAGUCGUCGAGAGAACGAGUUUGCUUCAAAAAGUACCCAUUAACCACCUGGGUCGAUGCAAUCGCCGAAGCGGCCAUCUCCUGGUACUUCGAUGCACUGCUGGGACCAGCAUCGGCGUGCGCCACUGAGAAUUCUUCGAUGAGGUAGAUGACAUUUUUGAUACCCGAUCGUUUGAGACGAAAUUUCUGCUCGUGGAAUCGUCCAUCUUUGAUAGAGCCAAUGAGAUCGUCGAGACGCUUUCUUUCGAGGAUCCAGUCCAGCAUUACCUCAUCACAUUCUUCGCCAUAACGAGUGAGAUAUGCAGGGUCCCGACACUUGGCCACCCACAUUAUAUCGCCUAGCUCCAGAGCCCGCACCUGGGGUGUGAUGCCUUUCUUUAUGAGCUCGUUGGCAAUAUAGUCUCGGUCUUUUUGAGUGCGUACUUCUCGAGUAUCGAGCACUAACUCGACGGUAAAACUUCCUGGGGGAAGGGUGAUAGGUUCCGUAGGGCCGUCGGUGUGAGAGCUUUGCCCAACGAAGCUGGUAGGCAGUGCUUGUAUUACAAAGUCGUCAUCGCCAUCGCCUGGGAGGGAUCUGGUCCCGUGCGCAGGGGCCAUUUGCGUCGGUUGUUUUCGAGAAUUGCUCACUGUAGGGGCGGGAAUAUUCUCUGAUGCGCCAGGCAAAGUCUUUUGAAUACGUUUGGCCACUUCCCAGCCCUCCUCAGAAAGCGCAUAUCUCCUGAGUGGGCGACCGUGUUCGUAAACGAGGUCCUUUUGGAUCAACGUCUUCAUAGAAUUCCAUGCCGUGUAGAACUUCGAUGGAUCCGGGGGUGCAGUAAAUGAACUGUCACAGUACGGUUGUGCCACCUCUAUCAGAUGAGCUUUUGUCAUACCUUGACCUGGGUUCUCGCCUUGAGUAGCCAGACCUAACAACAGCGCAUAUGGUCCAGAACGUAGAGUUGGUACAUAAGGUUUGGCUUUUCGUGGCUUCUUCGCCGGUUGUUCAGCAACGCCUGUAUCUGAUGUCCUUUUAUUACCUAUGAAUU